GAGAACUUUUGAAAUAAAUAAUAUAAAUAAAUAUUAAAUAUUGAUAAUAAUAACUAAUCGAUCUGCAAAGUGAAAGAAAUAACGAACAAGUGCAAAAUUGGAAACCCACUGAAACUGUGACAAAAUUUUGCAUUUAAACGAGCGCAUAUAUAGCGGAUGCAUAUAUAUGCAGAAUACGAGCAGAAGUGUUAAUUCUAAUUUUCCCUAAUUAUUCAUAAUUACGGAAAACUUGCAAGGAGAAUUUAUGACGUGGCUAAAGUGUUAACCACGCUGGAAACUCGAGGAUAAUUUGUUGUUUUGAUUAUUAUGGGGCGGCUAACAAUUUGGUUCCUCCUGGGACUAACGUUAUUCGCCGUCUCCAAUCAUGUUGGGUUUGUCAAUGCCGAUGUCGGACCAAGCGAAUCAGAAUGUCGACCCUACAUUGAAAAGGCCAUACAUGAAUUGAAAACAGAUGGUGUCAGAGAUGGGUCUGGAGAACUGCAAUCCGAUCAGCCACGUGGGGACGACGACGACGAUGAUGACGAUGAUGAGGACGCGAAAAGUGCCAACGAUUUGGAUGGAGAUGGCAUUCCCGAUGACGAGGAUGAUGACAUUGACGGGGAUGGCAUACCGAACGAUAAGGACGAUGAUAUCGAUGGAGAUGGCAUACCAAACGACGAGGAUGAGGACAUUGAUGGCGAUGGCAUCCCGAAUGAUGAGGACGACGAUAUCGAUGGGGAUGGUGUGCCCAACUCCAAGGACGAGGACAUCGAUGGGGAUGGUGUGCCCAACUCCAAGGACGAAGACAUCGAUGGCGAUGGCAAGGCGAAUCACGAGGAUGAUGAUCUAGAUGGCGACGGCACCCCAAAUCAUGAGGAUGGUGAUCUUGAUGGCGACGGUGUGCCCAAUGAGGAAGAUGAAGAUCUAGACGGUGAUGGAAAAGUCAACCACGAGGAUGAAGAUCUCGAUGGUGAUGGCGUGAAAAAUGACGAUGACGAGGAUCUGGAUGGUGAUGGAAAAGUAAAUCACGAGGACGAAGAUAUUGAUGGAGAUGGCGUGAAGAACGAAAAGGAUGACGACUUGGAUGGCGAUGGCACAAACAAUUCCCAGGAUGAAGAUCUGGAUGGUGAUGGUGUGCCAAACGAAAAGGACGACGAUCUGGAUGGGGAUGGCAUCCUGAAUGAGCACGACGGCGAUGUGGAUGGCGACGGUGUUCCCAACGAACACGAUCACAAGGAUAGCGGUGAGAAUGCCGAUGAUGACGACGAUGAUGAUGAGGAUGAGAAGGAGGCAGUCAAGAAGCGCAGCAAACGCGAAGUGGAUGCUGCUCCCGUUAUAGACAUUGAAGCACCUCCAAGUCCCGCCCAAGAAUUCCCCGUGGAGGAGGAAAUCGUCAAGGAGGAAUCUGCCGAAGAGGAAGCUGCAGUGAAGGAACAGGAACCCGAACAGGAAGCCGAACAGGAGCCGGAACAGGAAGCCGAACAGGAAGCCGCACAGGAAGCUGUCCAGGAACAGGAGCCAGAAGUAGAGGAAGCCGAACAGGAACCAGUUAAACAGGAAGAAGAGAAGGUAGAAUCUGAGGAAGUGAAGGAGGAGGAGAAGCCAGCUCCAGUCGAGGAGGCUGAGGAGGAAGCUGUAGAACCGGAAGCCGCUCCCAAGGAACCCGAAGUUGUCCAGGAAGAUGCCGUAGAAUCUGAGGAAGCCAAGGAUGAACCCCAGGCAGAAGCUGCCAAGGAAACCGCUGAUGAUGACGAUGACGAUGAUGACACCAAGCCAGAAGACGAGCUUCUCUGGGAAGGAAUUAUUCCCGAGAACCGUCGCAGUCGUCAGCACAUCACUGAGCUGCUCCAACUCGAUGAGGAGUUCAAUGCCCGCGAGAAGGCCACCGAUAAUGUGGCCGAGAUCAUCCUGCGGGACAUCAAACGCAUCUAUGAGAACGCCGUCAAGCCCUUGGAAACUCUUUACAAGUACCGCGACCUGAGCAACCGUCACUUCAGUGAUCCUGAGAUCUUCUCGAAGCCACUGAUUCUGUUCAUGGGACCCUGGUCGGGUGGCAAGUCGUCCAUCCUUAACUAUCUGACCGACAACGAGUACACCCCUAACUCUUUGAGAACUGGUGCUGAACCCUCUCCUGCCUACUUCAACAUCCUGAUGUGGGGCAACGAGACGGAGGUUCUCGAUGGCACCCAACUGGCGGCGGACUACACCUUCUCCGGACUGCAGAAGUUCGGCCAGGGAUUGGAGGAGCGCCUGCGGGGCCUGAAGAUGAAGAGCAAGAUCCUCGAGAAGGUCAACAUCGUCGAGAUACCCGGCAUUCUAGAGGUGCGCAAACAAGUGUCCCGCGUCUUCCCCUUUAACGACGCCUGCCAGUGGUUCAUCGAUCGGGCGGACAUCAUCUUUCUGGUCUACGACCCGGCCAAGUUGGAUGUGGGUCCCGAGACGGAGGCCAUUCUCGACCAGCUGAAAGGGCGCGAGUACCAGACGCGCAUCAUCCUCAACAAGGCUGACACCGUCAAGCCGGAGGAGCUGUUGCGCGUCCAGGGCGCCCUGAUCUGGAACAUCUCCCCACUGAUGUCCUCCGCCCAGCCGCCGCUGAUGUACACCACCUCACUGUGGACUCAUCCCUACCAGGAUGGCGCCCCAGCGCGCCUGCUGCUCGCCCAGGAGCGCGCCUUCCUGCGCGACCUGCGCACGGCCAUCGACAAGCGCAUCGAGCACAAGAUCGCCAGCGCCCGUCGUUUCGCGGUGCGCGUGCGCAACCACGCCAAGAUGGUGGACUGCUAUCUGAACACGUUCAACAACCACAAGACGCUGUUCGGCAACAAGAAGCGCAUUGCAGAUGACAUUAUCGACCAUCCGCAAAACUACCACAUCUAUGAGGGCCUCUCCACGCUGACCAACAUCUCGCGCUACGAUCUGCCUGAUCCGGAGGUCUAUCGCGACUUCUUCCGCCUGAAUCCGCUUUACGAGUUCAAGAAGCUGAGGGACACCUGCACCUACUUCCGCGGAUGUCCGAUCACCAAACUAGACUUGGCCAUUGCCUACGAGCUGCCCGAGUUGGCCGGAAAGUACAAGAAGAUGUCCGAGUCGGCUUUGGCCAGCAUCGAGGCCCAGCAGCGGGAUGGUGGGGCCCAGAACCAGGCCGAUCCCAAAAAGACGAGUUGAGGUGUUGGCUCCCACAGAGGAGAAAACCUGCCAUUUAGUUUGUUUUAGUGAGAGAUAGAGAGAAUGUGACAUCGGCACCGGUAACCGUCUAUAGAGAAUUAUUAUCGAGAAGGGUGAAAUGGAGAAAGGCAACGAGGGAGAGAGAAAGGGGUCGUACUUACAGGGCAAAGGAGAAGGUUUAACUUUGUUGAAGAACCCCCAAAAUAUCGGUAGAGAACAACAGCGCAAGACAUAAAACAAGGCCAUUGUUUCAAAAGGAAGGGAGAGAGAGGGAGCUAACGAGAUAGAGAGAGAGGGAGGCAAGAGCGAUUUGAAAUAGCAACGGUUGCUUUAGAGAACUUUUUGAUUUCAACCGCGUUGCAGAAGAUCUUUAUUUUCAUUUAUUAAAUAACACAUAACCGAACUGAGAGCUUAAUGAGAGGAAAACUAAUGCAAUAUCGAGAGCAAAACACACAAUCACACAGACUAUUUUCAUAUUUAACCGAGUAGAGAGGUAACAUCGAGUCUUUUCUAGGCGAGUAGAUCAGCACUUAACCCAUAACUGAGAGCAAUAACUAAUAGACGAACUAUCGACGAUUUCUAACCCAUACAUAACCCCCGUAACCAUAAUCCGACCCCUCAUUGGCUAGCAUCCCACUAUAAUUCCCAACUGCCCAGUUUUUUCUUUUCUUUCCUCGAAUAGUAGUGGACAACAGCGCAGAGUUUUGAGAUCUGAGAUUUAAGUUUUGAGCAAAUGGAAUUUCGUACAGUUUUAAUUUUUGUUUUUUGUUUUUGGUUCCUGACCCUGACGAUUUUUGUAGUUGAUAAGACUUUUUUGAUAAAAGCAAACAGUGAAGACGAUAAUAAAGAAUUUAACCUAUUUAAUCAAGAAUGACUUAGACGCAUGUGAGAUAAAAUGAACUUGUUGACGAGCGUAAGCAGCUCGCAUCCUUAAAAUACAAAUAAUCAAUUUUACACACUGAAAACCUAUGUAAAAUGAACUGUGAGAGCGGGUGAAAUACACAAAUAAAUAAAAACAACGGAAAACCCCAA